AUGGCGCGGAGCACUGUUCUGGAGGACGGGAGUCACAGAGCAGGGUCUCCCUCCGCCUUCUUCCCCCAGCCAUACCCCCCUCGGGUCCCCAAGGUCAGCGCUGUCCCCGGGGCCGCGACCACCUAUUUCAGCCGGGGGCUGCGGGGUGGCUGCGGGCGCUGCUCGGUGGUGUCGGCCGUGUCCCCCCCCGCGGCGGUGGCGGUGGCGCUGCUGGAUGCUGUUGCAUGCCCUGAGGAGGAAGGGUUUCCAAAGGCUGUAUGCCCCAGGGAGGAGGAAGAGGAGGAGGAAGAAUACAGGAGACCUGUCACCUUCACCCUGGGAAAUGAGAUACUGGGGCUGGGCCCAGAGACGGAGUUUCAGAACCCUGAUGCUGAGGUCUAUAUGCACUUCUUGAGGAGCCACUGCUGUUACGAUGCCAUCCCUACCAGCUGCAAGCUCGUUGUCUUUGACAUUUCCCUGGAGAUCAAGAAAGCCUUUUUGGCACUGGUGGCCAAUGGGGUGCGUGCUGCCCCUCUCUGGGACAGCAAGACGCAGAGCUUUGUGGGGAUGCUCACCAUCACCGACUUCAUUAACAUCCUCCACCGCUACUACCGUUCGCCUUUGGUUCAGAUCUACGAGGUGGAGGAGCACAAGAUUGAGACCUGGAGAGAGGUGUACCUGCAGGGCUCCCUCAAGCCACUGGUCCACAUCUCUCCGAGCAAUAGCCUCUUCGAUGCUGUCUACUCCCUGAUCAAGCACAAAAUCCACCGCCUGCCUGUCAUUGAGCCUGUCUCGGGCAACGUCCUGCACAUCCUGACGCACAAGCGCAUCCUCAAGUUUCUCCACAUCUUUGGUUCUACCAUCCCCAAGCCACGCUUCCUGAAGAAAACAGUGCAGGAACUGUGCAUUGGCACCUUCCGUGAUCUGGCUGUCGUGCCUGAGAGUGCCCCAAUCCACACUGCCUUGGACAUUUUUGUGGAUCGCCGUGUCUCUGCCUUGCCUGUCAUCAAUGAUUCCGGGCAAGUGGUUGGCCUGUACUCGCGGUUUGAUGUCAUUCACCUGGCAGCCCAGAAGACCUACAACAACCUGGACAUCAGUGUGAGGGAAGCACUGCAGCAACGCAGUAUCUGUCUGGAGGGGGUCCUCACCUGCUACCCCCAUGAACCUAUGGAGGACAUAAUCGACCGCAUUGCCAAGGAGCAGGUCCAUCGCCUGGUUCUGGUGGAUGAGAACCGGUACCCGCGGGGCAUCGUCUCCCUCUCUGACAUCCUGCAGGCCCUUGUGCUCACUCCUGCAGGUAUCGAUGCUCUUAACUCUUAGCCCACGAUGCUCCACCUUUCUCCACUUGCACCCUCAAUUUCUCUCCACUUCAGGUAGGCGCCACCCCCCCUCCAUGGCUGUGUGCCUGUCCUCUCCCUGACGCUGGGUCACCUGCCUCUGCCCCAUCCAAAGUGGUCCUGGGGGAUGGAGGAGGCUGGGGCUAGGGUCUGGCUGCACUGGGUGCACAGGUGGGGACAGCAGGACCCAGAUGCUGCUUGUCCCAGGGGUACACAAGGAUCACAGGGGAUCCCUGGUGACUGUGAGGAAGGAUGGGGGCAAAUUCCAUGAAGCCACUCCGCCAGAGCCCCAUUCAGGCGUGUGGAAUGCAGGUUUGGCAAGUCCCUGGGCUUUGGUCUGAAUGAGGGUUUUGGGGUGUGAUGCACCCCAAGACAAAAGCCUAUUUUUAAUCCUGCCUCAAUUCUCCCCGCUGAGAUCUGAGUACCUCCAGUGCCAUUCCCAAGGGACACAGAGCAGACAGACCCCCACUUGCACACCCCAGUCAUGCUGCCUACCACUAGCCAAAAGCAAAAUGUGGCCAACCCAUGGGCCCCAGCUGGCAGAGCAUCCCCCUGCCCCUUCACUUGCAGCAGCCCCAAAACUGUCUGUUCCAGAGUCAAGGCUCA